AUGAACGUGGCCCACAAACGUGUUCCAGUAGUAAACCAGUCGGAUCAGCACCCAAUUGUACACGAUCUUCGGGAACAGCUUGUAGCUUCUAUAAAGGAAACACAGGGCUUCCCAAACGUUAUUGAGCUCCUCCAUAAAGAUAUCUCCAAGUCCCGGACCUGUCCGACCAACAGGGAACUUGAUAUCCUUGGCAACGGGAGCAGACGUGAUUCCAAACGUGUCCUCCGACACGCUGGUGGUUGUUCCGUCCUCCUCGGCAGCCAUGGCCUUGUCGUACAGUUGUUUGAAGUUGUUGAUGGAAGCAACGCUCUUGGACAGUCUGUCGAACGUGUUGACGAGCGCAAUCAGCUCGAUCUUCGAGAUCUGGAAGUCCUCGCUCAAACUGUCGUGGUUGUCCAGCUCAAACAGGAUCUUGAGAGCGGUUCCGUACCCGGUGAUUUGCACCUUGCCCCAUAG